AUGUUCCCAGAGGAUGAAGGUAUAGAGAUGGAUUCAGUCAGCUGGACUUCCAACACUAAACUCCCUGGCACCCAAUCAGAGACCCCCAUUUCUUCUGGACGCUUCUCUUCCUGGGUGACCUUCGACGAUGACGAGGAGGACAAGCCCCACCUCCACCGCCGGGAGCAGCCAUCCCACAUCCGAUUGGAUAAUCUCAGCCCCUUCCAGGAUGCCAACAGUAACCUGAUUGGUUCUCCUCCCAACGUUUGGAAGCAGAACGGGAACCAGCAGAACCAGAACCGCCACCUCCUGGACCUGACGCCAGACGGAAACCCUCCUAGAACCCUUCUGACUGAACCUAUAACAGCUCCCCUGCUCCCCGGCAGCACUAAACCCUACACCAAGAAGAACCCUUUCCUGUGUGAAGAGUUCAAUGACAUCCAGCCCUCUCCCAUCAACCCCUUUAGUUCCUACUUUGACUGUAAAAAGGAAGUGACAUCACCGAUGAUCCAGAGUAAUGGCUCCGCCCACCACCGGGAGAGCUCUCCCUGUGCCUUCUCCUUUAGCUCUCCUUUCUUCCAGUCUCUCAGCUCCCACAGCCAAGAGGCCAAACGAGAGUCCAUUCUAGUUUUCUCCUCCGAGUUUGAGCCCACCAGAGGAGGAGGAGGAGGAGGAGAGACUGUCAGCCAUGUCACUCCUCCCUUGGACAGACUAGACCUGGAUCAGCUGAGAAACCUCCAGAUCACAGACCCAGACGAUCCAGGCAGCCCCACUCUGCCUGAUGACUCAGUGGAGGAUGCGGAGGAGGCAAAGGAAGAUGGGAUGGAGGGAGAGGAUGAGAGCGCCCCCUACCUCCCAGAUCACAUGACCUCCCAAGAUGGCUGGGCCAUGUUGCUCCGUAUACCAGAGAAGAAGAACAUCAUGUCGUCACGCCACUGGGGGCCUAUCUAUGUCCGUCUGUCUGACAACGGCGUGCUCCAGAUGUUCUACGAAAAAGGUCUGGAAAAACCCUUCAGGACCCUGAAGCUGGACCCUCGCCAUGAGGCGGCUGAACACCGCCUGCAGAACUACGAAGAAGCCGGCCGCGUCCACACACUCAGUGUGGACCUCGUCCAAUACCGCGAGAGGAGACGAAUCCAGCCGAAGUCGCCCGUCACCCACCAGCCAAUCCGUGAGCAGCUGGUGAAGCUGGGCACCACCUGUUACCACGACUUCCUGAGUUUUCGUCACGCUCUGGUGGAGGUGCUGAGGCAGUUGCCGGCAGUGACGGGCGGGGCGUUGCCGGGGACGACGGGGUCGCCCAUAGGGGCGGGGCUGACAGAGGAGGAGGUGCAGGUGGAGGUGAGGGACGAGUUCUACGGGACGGUCGCCGCAGGAGAUGGGAGGAUUCUGAAGCAGCUUGUGAUGACUCGUGUGCACGUGCUAGCCUUCCUCUCUGGGUCGGCAGGCUGCCGCCUCGGACUCAAUGAUGUGCAGGUAAAAGAGAAGGAGAGAAAGAGAGUGGGUUAAAACAGACGUUCAGUUACACGAGUGAAAGGGGAGGGUGGUUCAUGUUAGGUAGCUUAUAGGUGUGUGAAAGAGGGAUUUUUGUAGGGCUCAAAUUGUAACCAUUUUGAUAGAUAAUUGCAGUGGAGGCUGCUGAGGGGAGGAUGGCUCAUAAUAUUGGCUGGAAUGGAGUCAAUGGAAUGGUAUGAAACACAUCAAACAUGGUUUCCAUGCGUUUGAUGCCAUUCCAUUGACUCCAUUCCAGCCAUUAUUAUGAGCCGUCCUCCCCUCAGCAGCCUCCACUGAAUCAUUUGGAUGGUGAGAUGUGUACACAUCAGAAUAUUCGCCCUAGAGUUCUGCAGACACUUAUUCAGAGAAAGUUACAAACAUUUAAAUGCAUGUAUACAUGAAAGUGUUAAACCCCUCUCCCGAUGUUGUUCGUCCAGGUCAAAGGUAAGGAGGUGGUCUCCAGACACGACAUUAUCCCCAACACCACCACACGCUGGAUCUGCUUGCGUGACUGCGAGCUUCACGACGAACACGCAGACGAACUAGAGUUCCUGUCGUCACGCCAAGUUGUCUUCACACCGCCACCCUGCCGCCGCUUCCAGCUGCUCGCCUUCCGCACGGCUUUCGCAGAGAAGACCCUCCCCUUCACGCUGCGCACCGUCGCCUCCGUCCGCGGCGCCGAGGUCACCCUGCAGUCCUGGCUGCUGAUGUCACAGGGGUUCUCAUCCAAUCGGGACGCGUUGAACCUCAUCCCCUGCGAGAAUGUGGCGGUAAAAUUAUAAUUGAAUAUCGUGUCUCCAACAGUUUUAUUAAUGAACUUCACUUCCCUCAGUCAUUUGCUAACAUUGAUUAUCAUGCCUACCCCUAGAUACGCUACCCUAUCCCUGAGAUUUGGGCCAAGAACUUCCGUCGGGACGGGGUGAUGGGGGAGAGGUCACUGAAGGCGAGGUUCAACAAGGGUGCCAGCUUCGGCACGGCGAGUACUUCCGGGUCAGAGCCAGUGAUGAGGGUGACCCUUGGCACGGCCAAGUAUGAACAGGCUUUUAAAGCUGUGGUGUGGAGGCUCAGCCGCCUGCCUGACAAAAACUCUGGUAAGAAGUAGGGACGUUGUUGGGGUAAUACUCAGUAUGAUAACGAUCUCUAUUCUCACUGUAUAAAUGCAAAAAUACACAGCUAUUUCACUAGCGAUGCACAAACCUUUGGUAAGGAGGGAAAGAGUUUGAGGCGAUACCCUGCUAUUGUCACUGUGAAAAGGGCUAGAUCUAUAGUUGUUUUACCAGUCACACCUGACAGCAGAGAGAUGGCUCAUUUCGGACACUAUGGGCUGGUUUCCCAGACACAGAUUAAGCCUGGUCUAAAAAUGAAUGUUCAAUGGAGAAUCUCUAUUUAAAUAGCUCUUUAGCUAUUUCACUAGGCGUAAUCUGUGUCAGGGGAAACUGGCCCUAAAUAUCUAUACAUGUGCGGAGGAUCAGGUCCAUCCCCUUACAUUCUCAGUGCCAGUCAGUGUUAGUGGAGCUGGUUUAUAUUUCACCCAGCUCAGAGGGACAGGACAUGGGGGAUGUCCCUAUGUCCUGUCCCUAUUUCACCCAGCAGUGAGAGAUGAUGAGCAUUGAUCUGUUUCUGCUGUCAUUACACUGUGCAGACUGUCAAUAGUCCUUAUCCCAGGCACUGUCAAUAUCAUAGUGUGCGUAUGUGUUGUAGAGUUGUUUAUGUGUGUGCAUGCAGGCAUGUAUCCGUGAAUGAUCGCGUGCAUCUGCGCCUCUGCGUGUGUGUAUGCGCCCAUCAUCUCUCACUGUGUGUGCACUCGUGCACGUGCCUGUGCAUGUGUAUGAGUUUGUGUGUUCUCCCUGGCCCCAGUCCAGUGUUGGUAUGUCUCUGUCAGAAUGCGGUCCCCUCCAGGCCUUUCAAUAGGCUGUCAGCAUGGCUGCCUGUCCUGAGUACUGAUUGGCCAGACAAAGCCCUGGCUGUCACCAUGCAUUACCUCACAAACCCACAGGCCACAGGCUUCUAUUGUAAAUACAUGCUCUGCCACGGGCUGCCCCCCCCCCCCCCCCCUUCUAUUGUGGGCCCCUCUCUUUCUUCCCUCAUUCUCUCCCCCCUUUCUUCUUUCUCUCUUUACCCUCUGCCUCUCUUCCCCCUCUCUCACUUUUCCUCUCCUUUCCCCUCUCUUUAGCUCUCGCCCUUGCUUCAGCUCCUCUCCCUCCUCCUCAUCUCCCCCUCUCUACUUAACUGGGCCAAGCCUGCCCUCCAUUUUCUCUCUCUCUUCUCUUUCUUUUGUCUGCACCAUCUUUUGUCUUUCUGUCUGCCUUGCUUUUUCUUUCUCUCUCUUCUUUGUGUUCCUUCUUUUCUUUCUUCAUGCUCAUUCGUCCCUUAGUUAUAUGUGUGGUACAGUCCACACCAUGAUGUCAACUCUGGGGCUGUAAUUCCUUGCACCACAAAUGAGAGAAUCAUGGUGGUAUGCUGGUUAACAUUUCACUGCUACAGUCCUCUUCUCAAAAGACAGUGUGUACAACAGAGGAUAUUCUAUCUGACCUCUGACCUCACCUCAUGGCACUUCCUGUUUUGACCCCUCUGGGUGGCCCGUCCCGUCCGUGCUCAGUGUUAUGAUGUUCUUGGCAUAACUCACCCUCUCUGUGGCCCUGUCCAGAGACAACUGCUAGCCCCUUCCCCUAGGCACUUCAUGUAGACCUGAAAGAAUUGGAUAGGUAUGGUAAUAGUUGUCACCUGAUAAGUUUGAUGUAGAUUGCAAUAUUGCUUACACCUAUCCAAUCUACACAUGGUUAGGGGUAAGGGUUUGCUCUCCCUUUCUUUCUGUGCUCUGUGUGUGUGUGUGUGUCUGCGUGUGCGGACCCACCAGGAGGACAAUCAUGCUCGACCCAGAGUGAUCGCUGAUGAUGAUGAAUGUGUGUGUUUGCGUACGAGGUGUGUGUUGAUAUGUGUGUUAAUGUAUGUGUGUCUCUCCCCCUGGCAGCGUUGGGUCACCCCCACACCUUCUUCUGUCGUCUGGAGCUUGUUUCGGACCGGGAGGUGCCAGCCUCGCUGCAGAGCCACCUAGAGGUAGAGUUUGACAUGCCUGCCGCCUCUGCCUCCAAAGCCACCGUCCGCUCCCUCUCUGUAGAGGACAGGACAGAUGUCAAGAAGUGGAUCAACUACAAAUCACACUACUCCUACCAGGUAAUAGACCAGGGUGUUUGUGUGAGGAGUUCUAGCCUUUUGUGAAUGGGCUGACAUGGUAAAAUGACAUACACACACCCAAACACACACGUUGGGUGUCCUCCGUAACCUUCUGGCUCAGCCACGGGAGCUGUUUUCUGUGUGUGUAUGUAAUGUGUAAUUAGGCACGAUGAGCAACCUCUCUGGCUCCCACUAACAGUAGCUAACACAGUAGUCAGCACAGUUGCUGCAGAUCAACACAAACAACAAUUAACGCAGGGCCCGUAUCCACAAAGCAUCUCAGAGUAGGUGUGCUGAUCUAGGAUCUGUCCAUAUAGUCUUAUUCAUAAUGAUCGAAAAGGCUAAACUGAUUAUAGGUCAGCACUCGUACUCUGAGACUCUUUAUGGAUACGGGCCCAGGCCACACGUACAGUAAGAAAGCCCUGUUAUCAUAUAGUACAACAGUAGGAUAACCAUGUUAUUAUACAGUGAGCUACGCUAUAGUAGUAAUUAUAGCAGUGGUUUGGUUCUUCUAAAAGUAUUUUAGGUGAGUCUCAAGGACCGUUCAGAUUAACGAUUUUUAAACAAGGUCAAUAUCCUUCACGUUGGUUAAUAUAAAGUAAUUUAUAUUGUAAAGUUCACUGUGUGUACAGGUUAAUUCCCACGUGUACACUUAGUGGAAAGCUUCAGGAGCACAGUGAGUGUUAGACAGAUGACAGCUGGUAAGGAUCAGCUAGUGGUAUAUAACUAGCGUGGCUAGCCAGAGCCGAGUCCAACCCAGGGAUCUCUAUCUAUAUCCAGGUCAAGGCAUCAGCCAGGGUAGACACCUCACCAGAUCAACCUGCUUCAUGUGGUAGGCAGCGCUACGACACUAACCUCUGCUCAGACUUUCCUCUACCUCCGACUUCUCUCUUCUCUAAACAGAGACAUAGAUGGAUUGCUUUGGUUGUGUGUGGGAAUGUAGCAUAUUAUCUAUCUAUCUGUCUGUCUGUCUGUCUGUGUCUGUCUGUCUGUCUGGUCACUGAUCUAUCUCGUCACUGAUCUAUCUCGUCACUGAUCUAAAUCUAUCUAUCUCACUGUAUGGGCUAUGAUCGCCACCUUGUGGCCAAAGACAAUCACACCUUCAUUUAAGUAGACCGUAUCGCUCACUGACGUUCUUAUACAAUACAACUUUAUGUCCAUUAGAGUUACAGCGAACAAUGGAAAUGUGUCUUCUGCUCUGUUCUCAACCCCCCCCCGACAGCACACGUCCCACAUACAUUUGAGACGAGCACAGGGUCAAGCUGCGGUGCAGUUCUUGGUUUGAGACUCCACAACAUCUAUAUACUUUAGAGAUCACCUUUAGUGCUUCUAAGCAGUAGGCCUCCAUAGGUGUCCUUGUGUUUGCCUUUCUGACCAUGUUGUCCCUUCUGUCCCCCAGGUGCCUAUAGAACAGAAAACAGGUGGCCUCUCAGAGAGCAGCAGCCCUACACUGGACCAGGACCAGCCUGGAGAAUGUGCACAGCAGUGAACACACGCAGACGGACGGAUGCAGGGAGGGCGGGAGGAUUUCAUUACUGUUUAUUUCACAGGAGAAGGGAGAAAAGUCACUUUUUGCACUUUGAAGAAACUGUACCGGAGGACGAGUUGGUCGAUGUUUGUGCAUAGACUGGAUGUAGACUGGAUGUAGACUGGACAUAACUGAUCGUAGACUGGACAUCAACUUGACAUAGACUGGGUCUAGACUGGAAGUACAAUGGUCGUAGACUGGACAUAGACUAGAUCUAGACUAGACAGACUGGUUAUAGACGGGUCUUAGACUGGAUAAAGACUGGAUGUAGACUGGGUAUGACUAGAUGUAGACUAGAUAAACUAUCACCUGGCAGUUUAUUAGGUACACCACCCUG